CGCCCGAGGACAACUUUGCCUCCUCUCCAUUCCUCUCGUCAACCCUUCUUGCACCUCGUCGAGACGUCACUGCAGCACGGUAUGCUGUUUUGAAGCUGCUUCAUACCCACUCGAUAGCAUUCGGCAAGCAGAGCAUAACAUCGAUCACCGGUAGCCAAUAGCAUCACGAGCAACGCUGAGCCGUACGACAGACGAACACACCAAGGUUCACCCAUACCCUCGUCCUCACGAGCAGGACUGCAAUACCCGGCACAUCGAAGCGAUACGCAAGCAAUGGCAUUGACGAUGACGACACCUUCCAACAACCCAAUGUCAACUCCCAGCUCAUCUUCGGCGGCAGGUCAGAUACCCAUCGCACUUCAGCAUUCACCCUCUCCGCCGCCCAUGGUACGCAGCCACUCGUAUCUGCGCCAGCAGCAGCAGCGGCGAGAGCGAGAGCGGGAGGAGUCGACGAGGAGAGGGAGUAUAGCGAGUGCCAAUGAGACAUCGCCUCGAGCUCCGAGCGUCAAGAGAGGGAGCAUCAGCGCGACGUCCGGAGCAGGGGACGGCUUGCAUACACUCGCCGAGAAGAUGACGCAAAAGGACGAGGUCAGAAAGCUGGCCAAUCGUCUAGCCACUCGUCUCCAGUACGCUGCAUUCAAAGUGGAGCGAGGAUGGACCCGGCAUUCGCUUCCCGAAGUCGAGAACCUCUACUGGCGAGCCACAAGACCCACGUCAACAGCAUCAGCGGCGCCGAGCAAUACUCGCCGACCCAGUGGCGGCAGCCCGCCUCGCUCUGGGCUCCUUCCUGCCAUCUCGUCCUACACCUCGUCGCAACCAACUGCAAAGCGGAGCAGACGGUCAGGUGGAAGCACAGCAGAUGACGAAGAAGGAGGCGAUGGCGAUGUGUUCGGCGGUGGAGGAUUUCGGGUACCGAGCGGCAGCUCGACCAAGCCGUCUUCCUCGCAGCAGCAGUCUCGGCGUGCGCCACCGAGCGGGGUCAUUAUUGGGGCCAAUGGCCAGCCUACGCCUCCUCCCUCGGCAGGCACGGACCAUCUCUCCUCUUCGUCAUCAUCGGCCGUUCCACACUCUCUGGACCCCUCAGCGCUUCGCGCCAGUCCUACGAGGACGAUUCAGGCUCUACGAGCCGCGCAAGCCGCGAAAGGAGGAGACGCCUCGGCGAGCAGCAGCGGCGUCGGAGCCUCGUAUGCUGACUUUUGGAGCAAGCUUGGCCAGUCAUCAUCGAGUCGAGCUGGCCUGCCAUCCGCAUCAACGGCACCGGCGACCUCGCAAGACGCUGAAGUGCUCCAAAGAGGCAAGAAGAGGCCUCGUGAGAGCGAUGCAGUGCCUCGCGACGGGGCAUAGGGGACGGCAGGAUCGCGUGCGCUCGUUGCUCUUCUCCGUCAUACGCAAUGGUCGGCCGUUCGCCCCCAAGGCUCCCUCUCAUACUCAUUUGAUUCACCAGCAACUUGACCUCCUCACUGUCCUUCACAAGCGUACCGGAUCGCUCUUGCAUUGAGCCCAAUAUUCUCCCGUCGUCGCAACACAAUGCACAAAGCAUGCUUUCGAACCUCGUCUUGACUCCAGAUUCCUGGCUCUCGAUUGUGACGGUGUAAGAUUGAACGGGUAAAAGCGGCGUGUAUACGUCUAUGCGUGGGUUGGCUGGGUAGCAGCGGUCCUCCUACAGUCUCUUACAGUCAUUGCGACUCUUCAUCCUCCUCGUCUUCGUCCUCUUCGUCGUCCUCACCGUCCUCAGCCU